AUGAUUCCAGACACUGUGCUUUCUACCAUAUCCGUUUUCUCCGACAGCGACAGCAAACAAAUCCAGGACUGGGCCGGCCGUAAGCCAGAGCCCGUUGAGGAGUGUGUCCAUAAAUUGGUGGAGAGUUUCGCGCGCGAGACCCCCAACAGUCCUGCAAUCGCUGCAUGGGAUGGUGAGGUCUCGUACAAAGAGCUCGAUGCUAUGUCAAGCACUUUGGCAGCCAUGCUACAUUCAAAAUACAAAGUCGGCCCCGAAGUAUUUGUACCCCUCUGUUUCGAGAAAUCCAAGUGGAUGAUCAUCUCCAUGCUUGCUGUUUUGAAGGCGGGGGGGCUGUAUUGUGCCAUCACUCCCCAGGAGCGCCUUAAAACUAUAGCCGAGUCGGUUAAUGCGUCCCUUGUCCUCAUCUCAUCUUCACAGUUGGAACGACACGUAAUGCUCGAUAUGCAGUGUCUGGUUGUUGACCAGUUCUUGAUGGAGGGGGCGAGUCCAGUCACGAUCACGCUGCCAUUGGUACAGCCAACCAACGCUGCAGUGACAAUUUUCACAUCUGGAAGUACCGGAACCCCGAAGGGAAUUGUGAUUGAACAUCGAAAUAUCUGCUCAAGUCUCUACGCGCAUGGAAAAGAGUUUGGUUUCAAUCAGGCUUCACGCGUCUUUCAGUUCGCAUCUUAUUCUUUUGAUAUAGGAUACGGCGAUGUAUUCCGGGCCCUAAUGUUUGGUGGUUGUCUUUGUGUGCCCAGUGAAUACGACCGGCUGAAUAACCUGGGACCUUCAAUCAAUGCCUUUGCAGCAAACAUCUGCCAGCUCACCCCAACUGUCGCCGGUAUCGUCUCACCACGAGAGGUACCAACCUUGAAGACGCUUUUGGUUGGAGGUGAGCCAAUUUCCCAAAAGGUGAUGGAAUUGUGGGCCGACAAAGUCCGCUUGAUUGGAGUCUACGGUCCCAGUGAAUGUACCGUUGACUGUCUGACUACGGGCCCCCUGGCAAAAGACGACCGUCCGGGCCUGAUUGGUCAUUCCUUGGGAGCCCGGCCAUGGCUCGUGACCCUGGACAAUGAUCAAGUUCUGGCACCAGUUGGAGCCGUGGGAGAAAUCAUCAUCGAAGGUCCCGGCGUGAUGCGAGAGUAUCUGCACGACCGGAAGCUCACCGCGCUCGUCGUAUACCCAGAGAGACCCUGGCUAGCGAAAAAAUACGGGACACUUCCACAUCGCCUGUUCAAAACCGGUGACAUCGGCUACUACCAGGCGGAUGGGAUGAUCGUCUGCCUUGGAAGGCGAGAUGCCCAGGUCAAGCUGCAUGGUCAGCGUAUUGAAAUGGGGGAGAUCGAUGCGGAGGCUGUGGUCGAUAUUGCUCAGCCUUUGCACUCUACCCGCCCGACCUUGACGGCUUUCCUUCACCUUCCUGGACAGCAAGGUAGAACAAGAUCAACCUCCUCAAAGAUCCUCAUCCAACAUGCAAGACAAGACGAGGAAGUGAAUACACUGAUAAAUUAUCUUCGCCAUCAACUCGAAAAAAAGCUUCCCAGUUAUAUGAUUCCGUCAGCCUUCAUCCCUCUUGCAGAAAUUCCAAGAAACACCUCUGGUAAAGUUGACCGCCGACAGUUGCGUCAAAUGAGCGUAGGGGAGGGUUCACUUGAUGCUGUGCCAUCAGGUAAAUCUCUGAAGCAGACAGAACCAAUGACAGAUAUCCAACGACAAACACGGCGGCUCUUAGCCGGUGUCCUGGACCUUGACAAGGAACUUAUCGGGCUUGAUGACAACUUCUACAGUUUGGGUGGUGAUUCCCUGAGUGCAAUGAGAUUAGUCUCAGAGGGACGGCAGAUGGGACUGAGAACCAGCGUCCAAGAGAUCCUGAAGCAUCCAACCCUCCGUGAACUGGCAGCCACCAUAUCUGUGCAGACUAUCACUGACGUACCAACAACGGCCUUGAACGCUGCCUUUUCAAUGCUCGAUGGCGAUCAAGAGGAGGUCCUUCGCGAAGCUAUCGUUCAAUGUCAGGUUCAUGCGGACCAAAUCGAAGAUAUCUAUCCAUGUUCGCCUUUACAAGAGGGUUUGAUGGCCGUGUCCAUGAGGGAACAGGGAACAUACAUCACGCAUACCACGAUGACCCUUCCAGAUAGCGUGAACAUGAGCGGGUUCAAGGCCUCAUGGGAGUGUAUUGUGCAGCAAUUUCCCAUUCUUCGUACCCGAAUCAUUGCUACCUCUCGGGGGUUCCUCCAGGUUGUCAUCCGAGAACAGUUACAUUGGCGAGAGAUCACGAAUCCGGAAGGAUAUAUUGCAAAACAACAGCUCAGCCUUACAGAGCCUGGUGUGCCUCUCUCAACACUUGCCGUCUGCAAGGCUAGAAAUAAAACCCAGCUGAUCUGGACGGCCCAUCAUGCCAUUCGAGACGGCUGGUCGAAAGGGUUGAUCUACAGAGCAGUUGAGGGACACUUCAAAGAUGCAACUAUCCCACCUUCAUUCUUGUACCGAGACUUCAUCCAUCAUAUUGGGUGCCUUGAUUUGGUGACCAUGAAAAGUUAUUGGACAGGGUAUCUGGAUGGAUUUUCCUCCACCGUCUUCCCAAGGCUUCCGUCGGCCUCAUAUCGCCCAUUUGCCGAUCAAACGCUGCAGCUAGGAUUUUCUAUUCCCCGAAAAUAUAAUUCCAAAAUCACAAUGGCAACCAAGCUCUAUGCCUCUUGGGCUCUUUUACUCAGUCGCUAUAGUGAUGAAACUGAUAUCUGUUUUGGAACCACGUUGAGCGGCCGGACAGUCGGGCUGGAUGGCAUUGGGGACAUCGUUGGACCGACCAUUGCAACCGUUCCCAUACGCAUCAGAAUUGACUGGACUGAGUCAGUUCCCAAGUUUUUAGAAACCAUUCAACGACAGCAGAUCGACUCGUUAUGCUUCGAGCAGAUUGGAUUGCAGAAUAUCGCGAAGUUGUCCUCGGCUGCUGCCCUCGCUUGUGCCUUCCAGUCACUCUUUGUGAUUCAAGAUUCUCCGUUCAAUGAAACAGAUUCUGACCUGUUUAAACUGGACGAGUUACAGGACGCUUCAUGCAUUUCCCUUGGUCAUGCCUUGACCAUUGAGGUACUCCCAUCUGCUUCUAGCCUCGGCCUCAAGGCAAGAUACGAUGCCAAAAUCAUUGACCAGAAACAAAUGGAACGCAUCCUGCGACAGUUCGAGACCAUUUUCCUUCAGACAUCAAGUGCUGCAGAUGACCCGGACAAAUCUCUCAAUGAUAUCAUGUAUGUCGACCCGACGGAGAUUGCGGAGCUUACUCAGUUCGGCUCUGGUCCUGUCGUCGCAGAUGGUCCCUUACUUCUGGAUAUGAUUUUCCAAGGAAAACAGAAACAGUCUGACGAGCUUGCUAUUGAUGCGUGGAAUGGCUCCUUUACGUACCUAGAGCUGGAUCGAAUGUCUAUGCGCCUCGCGCAUCAUUUGAUGGAGCAAGGACUACAGAAGGGCGAUCCAGUCAUGUUUUGCUUCGAAAAGUCCGCCUUGGUGGCCAUUGCCGUGGUCGGUAUUCUACGUGCAGGUGGUGUUUGCGUUCCAGUUGAUCCAUCCUUCCCUUCAAGUCGAUUCCAGAAAAUAAUCGCGACGACGAACUCCAAAUUUGCCUGUACUUCUUCCAAAACCUCCCCUAUUUUGAGCGGCCUCAUAGAGAAACAAAUCAUCUUGGAUCAAAAUUCCUUUGCCGGAUCGGAGUACCUUGCAAUGGACCUCCCACAAUGCGAUAAUGGAGAUCAGGCAUAUAUCAUCUUCACCUCCGGCUCGACCGGGGAGCCAAAAGGUAUUAUGAUGAGUCAUGGAUCCAUAUCUUCCAGCAUUGCCGUUCACAGUCCAGCAAUGGAAUUCAAAGCCGGGACAAGAGUUCUACAAUAUUCUGCCUACACGUUUGACCACAGUCUCUUCGAAAUACUCACCACAUUGGCAAAUGGAGGCUGCAUUUGCAUUCCUUCGGAUAGCGACAGAAUGAACAAUCUCGCUGAGCAAAUUCGCAAUUUUAACAUUACCUGGGCCUAUCUGACACCUUCAGUUGCUAAUCUCCUGAAACCAGAGGAUGUUCCAAACCUGAAGACCCUUUAUUUGGGUGGUGAGCAGAUUACCACAGCCCUGAUUGAUACCUGGGCUGGGUCAACCAAGCUGCUGAAUGGAUACGGACCCGCAGAAUGCUCCAUGUGCACACUAAGCAAGAUUGAAUACGGGGCGACAAAAGCCAAUAUCGGCCAGCCCAUCAGUGGCCGGGUCUGGGUGACAGCACCGGAUAAUCCCAGAAUCCUUCUUUCUGUGGGCAUGAUAGGCGAAUUGCUGUAUGAGGGGCCUACGAUGUCCCAGGGAUAUCUCAACAAUCCCGUUGGAACUCAAAGAUCCUUCAUCGACUUCCCAUCAUGGUCGUGGUUGUGCUACACAAACCGAUCGCCCUCUCGUCUAUUCCGAACGGGUGAUCUCGUCCGUUACCAGUCUGAUGGUACUCUGGAGUAUAUUGGUCGUAAAGAUACCCUCGUGAAGCUUCAUGGAUUGAGGGUCGAUCUUGGAGAGGUUGAGUAUCAAAUCAAAAAGCAAAUUCCGGAAUUUUCAGAGGUGAUAGUGGACGUGGCGCAAUUUGACCAUGGCAAAAGCGAUCGACUUCUCGCAGCUUUCGUCAGAUUGGAGCAAAAGUCAUCUUUCUCGAGCUCCCCAGGCCCUACAUUAUCUGCAGGGGAAAAUCAAAAGUACUGGCAAGAGUUGCUUCAGGACAUUGAGACUGCGCUUCUGAAACAGCUACCACCAUACAUGGUGCCUCGUGUGUUUGUUCCACUAUCGUCGCUGCCACACACAACAUCAGAGAAAGUCGACAGGAGGACCCUUCAUUCCUGGGCAGAACAGCUCUCUCUCAAAGAGAUCGCAGCUCUCCGUGGCUCCGAGGACAGUCGACCGCCAUCGUCGAGUACGGAGAAGAAACUUAGCGUCCUCUGGAAAUCGGUGCUGGGAGCAGAUAAUCUGGAAUUCAUGGCCACCAACAACUUCCUUCAGAUUGGUGGUGACUCAAUCAGUGCUAUACGGCUUGUAGCUCUCGCAAAGCGAGAGGGGCUGCCACUCACAGUGGAUCAGAUCAUGAGAACACCUCGUCUUGACCAGAUGGCGGCCUCGAUCGAUUUGCAGACCAAUGUACAAAGCAUUAGGGUAGAUGCUUUUGAGCUAGUCAGGGACGAAAAAGAUAAUUUGCUUGCCAUGGCCCAAGCUCAGACAGGCCUUGGUGUGGACAUGAUCGAAGAUAUAUAUCCCUGCACAGCCCUGCAGAGUGGACUGAUGGCUCUCUCCAUUAAAGAGCCCGGCACCUAUGUUGCCCAAAUGGUAUACCGCCUCGAUAGUUCCACUGACAUGAAACGCUUCACAGCUGCGUGGCAGUCGGUCUAUCGCUCAAGUCCCAUCUUGCGAACAAGGUUGUUCCAGACUACCUCCGAAUUGAUGCAGGUUGUGGUCAAGGAUAACCUCCACGUGCACACCCAUGACAACCUAGACAUGUAUCUCCAUCGUGAAGACGGUCUACUCAUGAUGCUUGGCUGCCCGCUGUUUAAUCUGGCUUGCAUAGCGGAUGAAUCAAAAGGGCAAACCUUUGCUGUCAUCACGGUACACCACGCCGUCUAUGAUGGAUGGUCCCUUUCGUCCCUAUUUGAAGCAGUUGAUAAUGCGUAUUCCAACCGUCCCAUAAUCCCCCGACCUGGCAUCAACGUCUUGAUCAAAUACCUACAUGACAAUCAAAUUGAAAAAGGCCAUGCAUACUGGGAAUCGCAAUUGUCUGGUGGCGAAACAUCCCAUUAUCCCAACCUACCUUCGCCAUCAUAUCGUCCGAUCGCGUCUAAAUGUUUGGAAGGUCUUCUGCCGUUCAUCCGGAACAAUAAUAGUGCCAUUACAACAGCUACAGCUAUGAGAACUGCCUGUGCUGUUGUCCUAGGACGAUACCACGACUCAACCGACAUCAUCUUUGGAGAGACACUCAGCGGACGGACGCUGCCACUGGCGGAAAUCGAUCUUCUUGACGGGCCCACAAUCGCCACUAUCCCAGUACGAAUCCGCUGGGAGGAAGGAGAAUUGCUCUCAAAUCUUCUGGAUCGUGUUCAGGAUCAAUAUAUUAACAUGAAUGGCUACGAAAAUUAUGGGCUGCAGCAUAUCCAGCGCAUUUCGGAGAACUUGAGAGACAUCGCCAGCUUCCAAACGCUGGUCAUCAUUCAAAACUCUGCGGAAGACACGGCAAGUGGUUGCCAGCUUCUCAUGACGCCUGUCUCAGGCAAUUUUAAGGCUUUUCACACUUAUAGUCUUGUUCUAGAGUUUACUCUCGUGCCACAGGGCGCAAGGUUGAAAGUUAGCUUCGACCCCAACAUUGUGUCAGUGGAAAUGGUCACAAUACUGAAGCUCCAGAUUGGACACAUCCUAAGACAGCUGAGUGAUGUUGAUGUCCACUAUGCUGUCAGCGAUCUCGACUGGGUCACAGAGCCUACGAUGUCAGAACCUGCGGUCAUUCCUACAGCAGACGAAAGGUGUCUGCAUGCGAUUGUACAUGAUAAGGCCGUUGCCCAACCUGAAGCUCAAGCCAUUGUAUCCUGGGAUGGAAACCUGUCAUACUUGCAGUUGGACUCAUUGGCCACACUAUUCAGUCGCUUUCUCCAGCAGGUCCAUGGUGUGCAGCCGCGAUCUUUCAUUCCCAUUUGUGCCAAGAAGUCUUUAUGGUCUGUGGUCGGUAUGCUUGCUAUCCUGAAAGCUGGGGCCGCCUUUGUCCCCAUUGACCCCGCCCAUCCCAAGGCACGCAUUGAAUAUGUUGUCAAAACCCUUGAUGCCCCGAUAAUUCUGACUACCCCAGAGACUCGAGUGAUUGUCGAUGGACUCAACGUUCCUGUGGUUGAAAUCGUCGAGAUCCCGAUAAACCAACUUCCUCAGACGGACGAGGUGUGUUUCAGCAACGCACAGCCAUGGGAUCCAGCAUAUUGCUUAUUCACAUCCGGCUCAACUGGAAAUCCUAAAGGAGUCGUUGUGCAGCACGCCUCCAUAGUGACCAGCUGUUUCGCUCAUGGAAAGGCCAUGUUCAUCUCACCCGAAUCCCGAGUACUCCAAUUUGCCGCUUAUUCAUUCGAUAUCUCUGUGUCGGAAAUAUUUGCAACACUCCUAUAUGGUGGAUGUGUCUGCAUCCCAUCAGAGACCGACAGACACAACGAUGUGGCUAAGGCUAUCAACACUAUGGAUGUCAACUGGGCUUGCCUAACACCAUCUUUCGUCAAGGUUCUCUCUCCCAUGCAAGUCCCUAGUCUGAAGACGUUGGUUCUAGCUGGAGAAGCUUUACAAAGAGAAAACAUCGCAACCUGGGUCGAUCAUGUUCGCCUCAUCAACGGAUACGGACCCACUGAGGCCUCUGUGUUCUGUGUGUCCCAUGUUAUUACAUCGGGUAACUCAAACAAGAGUAUUAUCGGAAGACCUGUCGGUUGCAGGGCAUGGGUAGUGAGCACGACUGACUACAACAAACUCGCCCCUCUAGGAGCUACUGGAGAACUCAUCUUGGAGGGCCCUAUCGUCGCACAAGGGUAUUUAAAAGCUCCCGAGAGAACAAAGGCUGUCUUCAUCAGCAACCCAGAUUUCCUAUUCGAAGAACCCAACACUCCUCUAUAUCGUACUGGAGAUCUCGUGCGCAUGGAUACUGACGGGCUCCUGGAAUACAUCGGUCGAAUGGAUCUCCAGGUCAAGAUCAACGGCCAACGUGUCGAAUUAGGGGAAAUCGAACACCAAGUCAAGGUUGCUAUUGAUGAAAAAGCGGAAGUCAUUGUACAGCUAUGUUCUGAUACUACGAGUAAAGCCUCAAAGAUCUUGGUCGCUUUCGUCUCUUUCGGAGCUUACACCAGCAACAUGCAUUCUCGUUCUGAUGUUGUGAGUCUAGACUCGUCGGAAGAGCACCGGCUGCUCAUUGAUCAAGCUAGAGGGAGACUCACAAGCUCCCUACCACAUUACAUGAUUCCCUCCAUGUACAUAUGUGUGGAUUUCAUUCCUUUGAAUUCAUCAAUGAAAGCUGAUCGGCGCAAAUUGGAGGAAUGCUUUCCUCGUCUUCGAGACGGACAUGUUCCGAUGGUGUCAGCAAGCCAAUCGCAGAAGAGGGACCUUACUGAAUUGGAGAAACGACUGCAGCACCUUUGGUCUAAAGUGCUGGAUAUCCGAAUUGACGAGAUCAAUCAUGAUGCCAACUUCUUCCGCCAGGGUGGCGACUCUCUCUCAGCUAUCUACCUUGUUGCCGCUGCCAGAGAAGACGGCCUCCAGUUGACCGUUGAGGACGUAUUUCGUGAACCUACCCUGGCCGCUAUGACAAAGGUUACUUUGGCUAUCUCACAAGAGAGCCCAUUACAACUCAUCCCCUUUUCUCUGAUUGAUGAAACACGCCGUGCGGAGUAUAUGCAGUCUGCGGUUGUUCAGCUGGGGAUAUCGGACACAGACAUUGAAGAUAUUAUCACAUGCAGUCCAUUGCAGGAAGGUCUUGUAGCCUUAUCAUUAAAGGAUGCGGGAGCCUAUAUCGGCCAAUUUAUCUUCUCUAUCCCAGAUGCUGUGGACAUUCAAGCCCUUGAGGCGGCAUGGGGCCAUACAACGCAGAAGAUCCCGCUGCUGAGGAGUUAUUUCAUGCAAAGUGAUGACAACAGAUUGGUCUCCGUGAUUUCUCGCCGGUCGACUCUCAUUCGACACGAAACAGACCUUAAGCAUUACCUGGAGCUUGAUAAGGUGACCCCCAUGGGACUAGGAGAUCCCUGUGUUCGACUCGCCAUCAUUCGGGGAGUUGACAACAGGCACUUGGUGAUGAGCGCCCACCACGCCAUUUACGACGCUUGGUCCAUGCAACUAAUCCUCCGAACCUUGGAGGCGACUUAUCUUGGUGACGAUGUAAUUUCCCCUUGUUCAUUUACCAACUUUCUUCAGUAUUUGUCAACCGGGGAUGAUGAAGGGACACGGCUUUUUUGGCAGCGCGAGUUGGAUGGAGCCUGCACCAGUGUCUUCCCGCAGCUCCCUUCGUCUGAUUUCCAAGCGCGAACUGAUAAGGUCAUCCAUCGUCACAUAUCGAUUUCUCGAUCGAAUUCAGUGGAUGUUACACUGCCCACUUGGGUCAAGUUAGCAUGGUCCCUAGUAUUAAGUCGACAUUCUGAUCGAGAUGAUGUCUGCUUUGGUAUGACCCUCAGUGGACGAACAGCCCCGUUGGCAAAUAUCGACCGCAUCGCUGGGCCUACCAUUACUACGGUUCCCAUCAGAGUAUCCUUGUCCAAGAAGGAAAGUGUGGUCGAGUUUGCUCGAUCAAUGCAAACCCGGUCUCAAGAGACUAGUGCCUUCGAUCAUUACGGUAUUCAAAACAUUCGGAAGCUUACCGAAGACACUGCCAGAGCAUGUAGUUUUACAACCUUGUUGGUGAUUCAAAAUGCGCGGGCUGCGUCGGGGCAGCACGGCCAAAGGGUAUUGAUUCCUGCUGAGACGAAUGAAGUCUUCUCCCUCACUUAUCCUCUGGUGCUGGAAUGUUUCCCCUUGCCAACUGGUAUAUCGAUCAAUGCCAGCUUUGAUUCACGAGUCCUCGAUUCGAAGACGGUAGGAAGGAUAUUAGGCCAGUUGGAUCACGUUCUCCAUCAACUGAUGGAACCCGCUGCAUUGGGUAUGUGUCUCGCUGAUAUUGAGCUGAUCAGUCCUGAAGAUGUACGGGAGAUAAUGCUUAUGAACCAAAUUGUGCCCCCUGUGCAAGAGCUUUGCGUUCAUGAGCUCUUUGAAAGACAAGUCUCGGACCAGCCAUCGGCAACUGCCGUGGAAUCUUCAGAAGGAGCCUUGACAUAUGCUGCCCUGGACGAAAUUUCGUCGCUUCUUGCAGACUAUCUCGUUUCUGUUCUCCAUGUUAGCCCUGGAGAUUUUAUCCCUCUUCUCUUCGAGAAAUCUAUGUGGGUAGUGGUAGUGAUGCUCGGUGUCCUUAAAGCUGGCGGUGCAUGCGCGGCGUUAGAUCCAAAACACCCCGCUAGCCGACUUCAGGGGUUUAUCGAUGAUUUAGAAGCCAAGGUCAUACUCUGCAGUGACUUCUGCUCUGAUAAGGCGCACAUGCUGCUACCGGAUGUGCUCCAGGUAAAUGGUGCCUUCCUCAGUCGCCUAUUGUCAAGCAAGUGCGGUAUAACCCCCUUGAAGCACAAGGUUACACCACAGGACCCGGCCUUUGUCCUUUUUACUAGUGGAAGCACAGGCCGACCGAAGGGAAUAUUUAUUGACCACCAAGCAUUCGCCAGUAGUAUCAAGGGCCAUGCUGACAUCCUCCAAUUCCGCAAAGGCUCACGGAAUCUUCAAUUCACGGCUUAUACCUCGGAUGUGAGCAUUGGCGAGAUCUUUACCUCACUCGCCCAGGGCAGCUGUGUCUGUGUGCCUUCUGAGUACGAAAGAAUGAACGAAUUAGGUGCCUUCAUCACUCGCAUGAACGUUGAUUGGGCCUUUCUCACCCCUAGUGUUGCUUCCCUCCUCCACCCUGCUGACGUUCCUACUCUGAAAACUCUUGUUUUUGGGGGAGAGACGGCUACCCCGGAAAAUGUUAGUACCUGGGCGCCAGCGCUAUAUCUGAUCAACAGCUUUGGGCCUGCUGAAUGCUCUAUCUGGACAAGCUGUAGUCCUGGAUUCAGCCCAGAAGAUCACGGUUCCAAUAUCGGAUACGGUGUUGGAUGCUUGCAGUGGAUUGUUGAGCCUGAUGAUAUCAAUAAAUUAACACCUUUCGGAGCGAUUGGAGAGUUGCUGAUCGAAGGACCCAAUGUCGCUUCACAUUAUAUCAAGAACCCGAGCAAGACCGCAUCUUCAUUCAUCAAGUCGCCGAAAUGGCUACCCUAUGGCUCCCGUCAACGAAUUUACCGAACAGGUCUAAUCUCAUUCUUGAUAGGUGACCUGGCCCGUUUCUUGCCUGAUGGAAGGCUCCAGUUCAUCGGCCGGAAAGAUACCCAAGUCAAGUUACAUGGUCAACGUGUUGAACUGGGUGAGAUCGAGCACCAGUUAAGAGUGUAUCUUCCUAGCAUGAAGGAGAUUGCGGUCGAAAUGAUCCAACCAGCUGGAGGGCAUUCCAGAUUGGCCGCCUUUCUUCCGAUGGCUAAAACAAGCGAUCGGACAGAUGCACGUAUUCGGUAUGACGUUGAAUCACUCACUUGGUUAGACAACUUGGUCAAUGGAUUGCAGGAGAAGCUCUUCUCCCAACUCCCUUCCCAUAUGGUGCCGUCCCUCUUCAUCCCCAUGAGUCACAUGCCGCUUUCGGCGUCGGCAAAAACGGACCGCAAGGCUCUUCAUGCCAUAGCAUCUGGAAUCUCUCCGGAGCAGAUACAGGCGUUGGGUAAGUUGAGUAUGCACGGAAACAUCGAGGCGCCAUCAACCCCAAUGGAGACAAUACUUCACGGUCUAUGGCAGGAACUCUUCAACAUUGACGGCGCGGCCUUUGGCGUCAACCAUCAUUUUCUCCGUCUUGGAGGAGAUUCCAUCCUCGCAAUGCGUCUAGUAACUUUGUGCAGAACCAAAGGCGUCUCUCUGAGCGUGAUGGUUAUCUUUCAAUCCCCGAUCCUCAAGGAUAUGGCAAACUCAGCCACCUUCAUCGAAGUUAUUUCGAAGCCCGACAUAGUGGAGCCUUUUUCACUAGUUCCAGGGCAAUCCAAGAGCGAACUCCGCGUCGCUGCUGCCAUCCAGUGCGGUGUGUCUCCGGAGGAGAUUGAGGAUGUGUUCCCUUGCACUCCGUUGCAGGCAGGGUUAUUCUCCCUUUCGCAGCGAUCCAGAGAAUCUUACAUUGCUCGAUUUAUCUUUGAGAUUGACCAAUGUAUCGAUAUGGAACGGUUGUUGGGAUCCUGGAAAAGAGUAGCUCAAUCGCAUGAGAUUCUUAGGACGCGCUUCAUUGAGAAUGAUGACCUCCAUAUCCUCCAAACUAUUGUCAAAGAACCACCAGAAUGCCAGACGAGCCAAAGUCUCUCGGAAUACUUGGCGUCGGAUACCGCGAAGCCAAUGAUCUUUGGCCAACCACUUUUCCGAUGGGCCCUUGUUCAUGAAGGAGGUCAAAAUAGCCAUUUUGUUCUCUCCGCUCAUCACUCUUGUUACGAUGCAUGGUCUUUAACGAUUCUUCUCAAAUCAGUCGCAGAGAUCUAUCACUGCCGAGCGCCAUCAUGUACCGUUCCCGGGAAUUUUAAAGCAUUCAUUCGAGCAACUCAGAAGCUUGAUGAAGGCGCAGCGAGGGAGUUCUGGAGCAUUACCCUUCAAGAUGCUCCAGCGCCAUCAUUCCCGGCCUUGCCAUCCGUUUCAUACCAGCCAAUCACCGAUGCUACUGUGACCCAUGUCAUCCAACGGCCGAGGCAGCAGUAUAACGCUGUUCCAUCCUCGGUUCUAUUUCAGGCCGCGUGGUCAAUUGUGCUGGCGCGAUAUUCAGACAACAAGGACGUGGUCUACGGAUAUAGUACCAGUGGACGAUCUGGUGACAUACCUGGUAUUGAAUCCAUCUGUGGGCCGACUCUGGCGACUGUUCCAAUGCGGGCAGUAAUCCAACCAGGAAGGUUGAUACCUGAAUUUCUGAACGAUAUACACAGACAUUCCUUGGAACGGAUGCCGUAUGAGCAAUUUGGCCUUCAGAAUAUCAUGAAAUCGAGCCCUCAAGUGAAGCAAGCCUGUAACAUCCUAACACUGCUGGUUGUUCAAUCAGAAGGCCAGGUUCUAUCAAACGACACAGUCCUAGGUAUGAAACAGGUUCACUUAGAGGACAACGGGGGUGGGCUUACAUAUGCUUUGGUGCUCGAGCUCACACCGGGAGCAGCGGAAAUUGAAAUGAGGUUCAGCUUUGAUUCCAACGUUAUGGAUCGUCGUCAAGUUCAGAGACUUGCAUGCCAGUUCCAUCAUGUCUUGAAACAAGUCUUCGAAUGCGCAUCGUCGUCGGUUGACCAAAUUGAGAUUAUUUCACCAUCAGACAGAGAAGAGAUCUUUUCCAUGAAUCACACAGUGCCCCGCCGAUCCUCUGACUGCGUUCAUGAGCUUUUCGAGCGACGGGUUCUCUCACAACCUGACGAACUCGCGAUUAGCUCUUGGGAUGGUGAGAUGACCUACAACGAACUAGAAAAUAAGUCAACGUUACUUGCUCAACAUCUCAUUACGCGGGGUGUGCAAAGCGGUCAGCUUGUACCCCUCCUGUUCGAAAAGUCUCUUUGGACAAUCGUGGCCAUGCUUGCUAUCCUCAAGGCCGGCGGCGCCUGCGCAUGUCUCAAUCCUGCAGAUCCAUUAGAGCGUCUUCAGGGUGUUGUGGAAGAUAUGCACGCACUGCAUAUUCUUUGCAGCACUGCCAACCUGGAGAAGGCCAGCAAAUUGUCCACGCAUGUGGUUCAAGUCGACUCCAAGCGGCUAGAGCGACUAAAAAUGUCGAGACCAACUCCUGUCAUCGACAGCAAUGUCUUUGUUAGUCGAAAGAUCAGCUCUGACCAGCCUGCAUUUAUUUUGUUUUCUUCUGGGUCUACAGGCAAGCCCAAAGGUAUCAUCAUUGAUCACGGUGCCUUCUCUAGCAGCAUCAAUGGUCACUCUGAAACGCUGCUCUUCAAAAAGGGAUCUCGCAACCUCCAAUUUACAGCGUAUACAUCCGACGUUAGUAUUGGCGAGAUCUUUACUUCCUUGGCAGUGGGAGCCUGUGUCUGUGUCCCAUCAGACUAUGAGCGGAUGAAUGAUCUGGAGGGAUCAAUGGAGCGCCUCCGGGUAGAUUGGGCUUUCUUGACACCCAGCGUCGCUUCGGUUGUUGAUCCUGCAAAGGUUCCAACUCUUAAGACUCUUCUCUUUGGGGGUGAAACCGCAACUCCUGAAAAUAUUGCCUCCUGGGCACCUCAAGUCUACUUGAUCAAUAGCUUUGGCCCGGCGGAAUGUUCCAUCUGGACGAGCUGCAACCCAGGUGUCUCGAUAACCGAUAUUGGCUCGAAUGUUGGGUAUGGACUGGGCUGUCUCCAGUGGAUCGUCGAACCCGAAGACCAUAACAAGCUCGCACCCUAUGGAACCGUCGGUGAACUUCUGAUUGAAGGUCCAAAUGUCGCCACGGGAUAUUUGAAUAACGAAUCGAAAACCAAAUCUACUUUCAUUUCGAGCCCGUCUUGGUUAUCGGCCGGACGGCGGUUGUACAAGACCGGAGACCUGGCUAGGUUCAUGCCAGAUGGAAAAGUUCAAUUCCUGGGCCGAAAGGACACCCAGGUCAAGCUGCACGGCCAGCGGAUUGAGCUACGCGAGAUUGAACAUCAAAUCCGGCAGGUCAUGGAUGUGCAAGAGGUCGCAGUGGAAAUGGUAGGAUCGACAAAUGGAAGCCAGCUUCUUGUUGCAUUCCUAGCCAUAAGCGAAGAGAUGGUGGCCCCUCAAAUUGGAGAUGUGCCAGCACCUGUCCGAGUUGUCACCCCCGAAGAGACGCACGAGAUCUUCAAAUCCCGUCUCCAUUCGCUACAGUCAGUCUUGUCGGAUGUUCUUCCUCGCCAUAUGAUUCCUACACAUACUAUCUGUCUUUCUAAUAUGCCCUUAUCUGCCUCUGCUAAAACAGACCGAAAGGCAUUGGCCGCCAUCUUCUCCGAUCUUUCGGUCAGUGAUUUGGCCAUAGCAUCAGGGCAAAUGCAGAGCUGCAGGACCCCAAAAACCGACAUGGAACAGGCACUCCAUUCGUUAUGGGUCAAGGUUCUGCGUAUUCACGAUACCGAAUUUGGACUUGAUGACGGAUUUUUCCAUCUCGGAGGAGAUUCAAUCUCUGCGAUGCGACUUGUCUCUGAGUGCCGUGCUUUGUCUAUUGUCCUGUCGGUGGAGAAUAUCUUCCUGAAUCCACGGUUGCAGGCUAUGGCAACAGUCGCACAGAUCGAUACGUCCCCUCUCGCUUCGGGUCCUACGCCAGUGCCGCCAUUUUCCCUCAUUCAAACACCAAAUGAAGCCAAAUCUCAGGCUUCAGCGGACUGCAAAAUCCCGCUUGAUGAAAUUGAGGACAUAUACCCUUGCAGCCCGUUGCAAUCAGGGCUUCUGGCGCUGAGUUUGAUGAACUCUGGGGCAUAUUCCUCCCAGUUCACCUAUCGAGUACCCACAGAAAUAACUGAAGACAUUGUCAAAGAUGCAUGGAGGAAAACGGUUCAAUCUAUAGAUGUGCUGCGGACAAGGAUUAUCUACCGAGAUCAUGAUUACCUCCAAGUUGUGACGAGACAAAUAGGUGAGGUGUGUAUUGAAAGAAUUCGAAACCUGCCGGCAUAUCUCCAACAGGACCGAGAGAUUACAAUGACGCUCGGAGCGCCACUGGCACGUUGUGGCUUCAUUCCUCACUCAGGAAAUGAAAACUACGUCAUUAUAACAGCUCAUCACGCCAUCUAUGAUGCCAUAUCCUGGGAACACAUCAUACAAACCUUUCAGUCACAUUGUCGAGCCCAGCCUUCACGUGCACAAAACGAUGUUCCCUUCAACCACUUUAUCAAAUUCCUAGGAGAACAAGAUUUGAGCCGUGCUGCGACCUUUUGGACCGAACUCCUCCAGGAUUGUCCAGCGUCAAAUUUUCCCCAUAAGUUACCGCAGCAGGUCUUGACAAACGAUUCUUGUCAACGCCUUAUACAACUCAACAUCCCUUCUGGGUCUCCCUUUACCUUGAACACCUUCCUCCGCGCAGCUUGGGGUCUUGUCUGUUCUUCAUUCGAGCACAGUGAGGAUGUUAUUUUUGGGGUCACUCUCUCUGGAAGAACAGCCCCGUUAGUAGCCAUUGACCGUAUUCCGGGUCCAACCAUUACUACAGUUCCAGUGAGGGUUUCCUGUGCAGGGGGACAGACCAUUGAAGAAUAUCUCGACCAUGUGCAAGGGCAGGCCAACUCGAUGGUUCCGUAUGAGCAUUUUGGGCUCCAAAAUAUCCAAACAUUGUCUCCUUCUGCAAAAAUUGGUGUCAAUUUCAACUCUCUUCUCAUCGUCAACAAGGACGACUCUGACCUUGGGAAAGCCCCUGUGUUGAAUGAAUUUUCGAUCAUCGAUACCGGCUAUCCUACUGUUUACACUUAUCCGCUUGUCUUGGAGUGCCUGUUAGGGCAGCGGGGCAUUUUGGUCAAGGCAUUCUACAAUACCGAAAUGAUGCCAGUUGCUCAAGUUGACAGAAUCUUGUCCAAUUUCGAAAAUACUCUCCAGCAGCUUCUUUUCCGGGACGCACAUGAUCGUCUUGCUGAGAUGGAGUCUAUCAGCCCAGGGGAUAUGGCAGAGAUCGAGGAUUGGAAUGGCCCGAUGAUCGACAUGGAUGAUCACUUUUUGUACGAUGCUUUUGAAGUUCAUGCCUCCCACAAGCCGGACAGCCUAGCGGUCCACUCCUGGGAUGGUGAGUUAUCGUAUGGCGAAUUGAAGUCAUAUUCAGAUCGCCUCGGCUACUUCCUCCAGCAGCAAGGAUUGGCGCGCGGAAUGAUGGUGCCCUUCUGCAUGGAAAAAUCCAUGGUAGCAAUUGUCACUAUUCUUGCAAUUCUGAAGAUCGGUGCAGCAUGCGUGCCAUUGGAUGUCAACGACCCCAUUGCCAGACAGAAAACCAAGGUUGACCAAGUCAGCGCAGCAUUCAUGCUCACGUCACCUACACAGGUAUCCUCUAUUGAAAAUCUGGGACCCAAUGUCUUGGUCAUCGACAUCAGUCUGAUCAGGAGUCUUGAUCCUACCAGCCGCAAUUUGGGGGUGGUCAGUACAACAGAUAUUGCUUAUGUCAUGUUCACGAGCGGAUCAACAGGUCUACCAAAGGGUGUUCUUCAGCAGCAUGAUUCCCUGAACACCGGCAUCAAUGCUCUUGGAAAGGCCAUGGGAAUCACUGAGACGAGUCGAGUAUUCCAGUAUGCAUCGUACACCUUUGACGCUAGUAUCGGAGAUAUAUUCGGAGCUCUUUCGUAUGGUGGUUGUAUAUGCAUUCCUAGCGAACAAGACCGUUUGAAUGAUAUAUCCUCGGCCAUCAAUCGCCUGGGUGCCAACCAAGCAUGUUUGACACCGACUGUUGCUCGGUUGCUAGAUCCUGUCUCCAUACCUGGCUUGAUGCGACUCAGCUUAGGUGGAGAGCCUAUUACUGAGCAUGAUAUCUUGAGAUGGUCUCCACAUACACGACUGCUCAACGUGUACGGCAUCACAGAGACGGCGGUCUGGUCUGCGACAAAUCAAGAAUAUGUCGAGACUGCGAAUAUUGGCAGAGGCUUUGCCACGUGGUUGUGGAUUAUACACCCGGAGGACCAUAAUCACCUGAUGCCGAUCGGUGCGAUUGGAGAGAUUAUGAUGGAAGGGCCUGUCCUUGCGGUGGGCUAUUUGAACAACGAGAAAGCCACAUCUGCCGCGUUCGUGACCAAUGUUUCUUGGGCGAAGACUAAAGAACAACCUAGACGAUUUUACAAGACCGGUGACCUCGCAUACUACAAUUCCGACGGGACGCUUCAUUAUGUUGGCCGUAAGGAUACCCAGGUCAAACUCCACGGACAACGGGUUGAGCUCGGAGAUAUUGAGAGCCAUGCUCGCAAGUAUAUCCCUGGAGGGGUUGAUUUGGUCGUAGAGCUUAUCCAGACGCCAUCGGUGGAUAAUUCGGCUGUCUUGGUAUGCUUCUAUGAUAAAGCCGACUCAGUGGUUGAUGUGAAGAUGAUCAGAACCUUACUGGGAACGACUUUGCCAUCAAAUAUGGUCCCGACGGUCUGGAUGGCGGUGGAUACAAUCCCAAGGCUUCCUUCUGGGAAGACUGAUCGAAAGCAGCUCCAUCUGAUCUUCGCGGAAAGAAGGCUGGAGGAUGCGCAGAUUAUCAUUGACGACUCCUCUCAAGCCAGAAGACAACCACAAACCAUCAAACAACGAUUGAUGCAAGAACUUUGGGCUAAGGUCCUUGCAAGAGACCCGUCACUCAUUGGCAUUGACGAUGACUUUUUCCUCCUUGGCGGCGAUUCCAUGGGCGCCAUGAGAUUGGCAGCUUCUUGCCGCGAGGCUGGCCUAUCCUUGACUGUGACCUCAAUUGUUCAAAGCUCCAUCCUAGCUCACAUGGCAGAAGUCUCUGAAUAUGAAGCUGCGUCUUCCUCAACUGCAGUGGCGCCUUUUUCCUUAGUAGCUCAUCCUCCGGAAAUGAAGCAACGUCUCCGACAAGAGGCCUGCAAAAUCUGCCAGGUUACCAUGAGUGAGAUUGAUGACAUCUAUCCCUGCACGACGCAGCAGAUCCGGUACAUGAAGCUGAACCUAUCACCUCCGGGUUGCUCUACUCUUCAGCAACCGUUCUCUAUUCCUGCCACGGUUGACAUUGCUCGACUCAAAGCCGCUUGGGAGAAUGUUACCUCCAGAAACCCUAUCCUCCGCACUCGGGUUGUGCAAAUUGAUGAGGAAUAUUACCAAGUGGUCACAAAUACCCCAGUUACAUGGCACACCGCUGACUCACUCGAGACAUACACCGACUUUGAACGAUCCAAAAUAAUACAAUUGGGAGACCUGCUUAGCCGAGUGGCAAUAAUUGAUAAACGAGAUGGAUCACGGCCUUAUUUUGUUUGGACAGCACAUCACGCGGCGUUCGAUGCGUAUAGCCUGCAGCUCACCCUUAACCACCUGGAGGGGGCAUAUUUUGGGAAUGAAGCACGCGAGGCUCCCAUGAAUCUGCUUAUCAAACAUACCCAGCGACUAGCCAGCAAUCCGGUCUCCCUCAAGUUUUGGGAGUCCCAAUUAGCAGGCGCUCGAUCGAAAUCAUUGGUGCCGACCUCGCACGAGCCAGCUCAAAUUAGAGCGACAGCCUCGGCGGAACUGCAAAUCCACCUGCCUGAAUUCUCCUCUUCCACAAUGACCCUGGGUGCUGUUAUCCAUGCAGCAUGGAGUUUGUUGAUCGCUCAUGAGACUGGAUGUGAUGAAUCUGUUCAGGAAGUUACGCUAACCGGUCGAAGUGCACCGGUUGAUGGCAUCUUGAGCAUAAUAGGCCCUGCAAUUACCAUAGUUCCUCUUCGAAUCUCCAUCGCCAAUCGCAGUGAGCCACUGUUGUCAUAUAUGAAGCGUGUUCAGCAGACCCUCGCACAGAUCGUUGAUCACGAGCAUGUGGGCUACCAGAAUAUCCAGAAAAUCAGUCCAGACGCAGCCCAUGCUGUUAGCGUCGCUGUACCCAUCCUCAUCCACCCCUCCGAUCCUGCCACCUCUCCUCUAGGCCACGGGAUAGGCUUGCAAAGAAUCAGGCGAUUCCCUCUCGCCGAUAGCCCUCUCCUUUUCAAUCUCGAGUGCUCUCUCAACGCCACCGGAUUUAGAGCUGAGGUCUUGUUCGAUGAUCACCUCCUGAAUGCGAGUGUAAUUGCACAAUGGCUGCAGCAGCUGAAAUUCAUCGUGGAGUCUCUCAUUUCUGCUGCUCAAGGUGAUGCGGCGGGACGGUCUAUCCAUGAGUUACUUGACCGUGUUUCUCAUUCUUCUUUAUGA